GCAGCGCCACAGCCUGGCCGGCCCCGAGGGCGAGGCGCCCCCCGACGCGGACCGGCCUCCGGCCGCGGAGUGCUCGGAGGGCGCGGGCGCCGCCGUGCCGGGCCCGCCGCCGGGCUCGGGCAGUAGUUCCAGCGGCUCUUCCUCGUCCUCCUCCUCCUCGUCCGCGUCGUCGUCGGCGGCGUCGAGCCCGGCGGCGGAGAGCCCCGAGGCGGCGGGCCCGGGCGCGGCGAGCGGCGCGUUCCGCGAGCUGCUGGAGGCCUGCAGGAAUGGGGACGUGACGCGCGUGAAGCGCCUGGUGGACACGGGCAACGUGAACGCCAAGGACAUGGCCGGGCGCAAGUCCACGCCGCUCCACUUCGCCGCCGGUUUUGGAAGGAAGGAUGUUGUAGAGCACUUGCUACAGACGGGAGCCAAUGUUCAUGCUCGUGACGAUGGGGGGCUGAUCCCCCUUCACAACGCCUGCUCCUUUGGUCAUGCAGAAGUGGUCAGUCUGUUACUGUGUCAAGGGGCCGACCCAAAUGCCAGAGACAAUUGGAACUACACUCCUUUGCAUGAAGCUGCUAUCAAGGGGAAGAUAGAUGUGUGCAUUGUGCUGCUGCAGCACGGAGCUGAUCCAAACAUUCGGAACACCGAUGGGAAAUCUGCGCUGGAUCUGGCAGACCCUUCAGCAAAAGCUGUACUCACGGGAUUAGUUGGCUCUAUAGAGCCAUUCAUGAUGGGUAUAUACUGUGAUGCAGAAAGCACAGAGGAAUCCCAGGAAGAGAACAGAGACCAGUCUAUUUGCAGAGGAGGUGAAUACAAGAAGGACGAACUCCUGGAAGCUGCUAGGAGUGGUAAUGAAGAGAAACUGAUGGCUUUACUGACUCCUUUAAAUGUGAACUGCCAUGCAAGUGAUGGGCGUAAGUCCACUCCUUUACACCUAGCAGCAGGCUACAACAGAGUUCGGAUAGUCCAGCUUCUGCUUCAGCAUGGUGCCGAUGUGCAUGCAAAGGACAAAGGUGGUCUUGUGCCUCUUCAUAAUGCAUGUUCAUAUGGACACUAUGAGGUUACAGAGCUGCUGCUUAAGCAUGGUGCCUGUGUGAAUGCUAUGGACCUCUGGCAGUUUACCCCCUUGCACGAGGCUGCUUCCAAGAACCGUGUGGAGGUCUGCUCCCUCCUGCUGAGCCACGGCGCAGAUCCCACGCUGGUCAACUGCCACGGCAAGAGCGCGGUCGAUAUGGCUCCGACGCCUGAGCUCAGGGAGAGGCUGACCUAUGAAUUCAAAGGACACUCUUUACUGCAAGCAGCCAGAGAGGCAGACCUAGCCAAAGUGAAAAAGACACUUGCUUUGGAGAUCAUUAAUUUUAAGCAACCACAGUCUCAUGAGACUGCACUGCACUGUGCUGUGGCUGCUGUGCAUCCCAAGCGGAAGCAAGUUACAGAACUACUGCUCAGGAAAGGAGCAAAUGUUAAUGAGAAAAACAAAGACUUCAUGACACCUUUACAUGUUGCAGCUGAAAAAGCUCAUAAUGAUGUCAUGGAAGUUCUGCAUAAACAUGGAGCAAAGAUGAAUGCACUGGACACACUUGGUCAAACAGCGUUGCACAGGGCUGCAUUAGCAGGUCACUUGCAAACCUGCCGGCUGUUGCUGAGUUACGGCUCUGAUCCUUCCAUCAUCUCUUUACAAGGCUUCACAGCAGCACAGAUGGGAAAUGAAGCAGUGCAACAGAUUCUAAGUGAAAGUACACCUGUGCGCACAUCAGAUGUGGAUUAUCGGUUGUUAGAAGCAUCUAAAGCUGGAGACUUGGAAACUGUGAAGCAACUUUGCAGCCCUCAGAAUGUGAAUUGUAGAGAUCUGGAAGGCCGUCAUUCAACACCACUGCAUUUUGCUGCAGGAUAUAACCGCGUAUCAGUGGUGGAGUAUCUGUUGCACCAUGGAGCAGAUGUGCAUGCCAAAGAUAAAGGUGGCUUGGUACCCCUACACAAUGCCUGUUCUUAUGGACACUACGAAGUGGCUGAACUCUUAGUGAGGCACGGUGCUUCUGUCAACGUGGCCGACCUGUGGAAAUUCACUCCUCUACAUGAAGCAGCAGCAAAAGGAAAAUAUGAAAUCUGCAAACUGCUUUUAAAACAUGGAGCUGAUCCAACAAAAAAGAAUCGAGAUGGGAACACUCCUCUAGAUUUGGUGAAAGAAGGGGACACAGAUAUCCAGGACUUACUGCGAGGAGACGCUGCCUUGCUAGAUGCUGCCAAGAAGGGGUGCCUGGCACGAGUGCAGAAGUUAUGUACUCAAGAAAAUAUCAAUUGCAGAGACACCCAGGGAAGAAAUUCAACACCGCUACACCUUGCAGCUGGUUACAACAAUUUGGAAGUAGCUGAAUACCUUCUUGAGCAUGGUGCUGAUGUUAAUGCCCAGGACAAAGGAGGAUUAAUCCCCCUACAUAACGCAGCAUCCUAUGGGCAUGUGGAUAUAGCAGCACUGUUGAUCAAAUACAAUACAUGUGUAAAUGCAACAGAUAAAUGGGCAUUCACACCAUUGCAUGAAGCUGCACAAAAAGGAAGGACACAGCUCUGUGCUCUGCUUUUAGCUCAUGGAGCAGAUCCAACCAUGAAGAAUCAAGAGGGUCAGACACCACUAGACCUGGCAACAGCUGAUGAUAUCCGAGCUUUGCUGAUAGAUGCGAUGCCUCCAGAAGCUUUGCCUACAUGCUUCAAGCCUCAAGCUACUGUCGUUAGUGCCUCUGUGAUCUCGCCAGCAUCCACACCGUCCUGCCUCUCUGCUGCCAGCAGCAUAGAUAACCUCACUGGGCCACUGGCAGAACUAGCUGUAGGAGGGGCAUCAAAUGCUGGUGAUGGAGCAGCAGGAACUGACAGGAAGGAAGGAGAAGUUUCUGGUCUUGACAUGAACAUUACCCAGUUCCUAAAAAGCCUCGGUCUUGAACACCUACGAGAUAUCUUUGAGACAGAACAGAUAACCCUGGAUGUGUUGGCAGACAUGGGGCAUGAGGAGCUUAAAGAAAUUGGGAUCAAUGCAUAUGGACACCGCCACAAAUUAAUAAAAGGUGUGGAGAGACUUCUAGGAGGGCAGCAAGGCACUAAUCCUUAUUUGACUUUCCACUGUGUGAGUCAGGGGACCAUUCUCCUUGACCUUGCUCCUGAUGAUAAGGAGUAUCAGUCCGUAGAAGAGGAGAUGCAAAGUACAAUCCGGGAGCAUCGAGAUGGUGGAAAUGCUGGUGGUAUCUUCAACAGAUACAAUGUCAUCAGGAUUCAAAAGGUAGUGAACAAGAAGUUGCGGGAGAGAUUCUGUCACAGACAGAAAGAGGUCUCAGAGGAGAAUCAUAAUCAUCACAAUGAACGCAUGUUGUUUCACGGGUCUCCUUUUAUUAAUGCUAUCAUUCACAAAGGAUUUGAUGAAAGGCAUGCAUACAUUGGAGGAAUGUUUGGAGCUGGAAUUUACUUUGCUGAGAACUCCUCAAAAAGCAACCAAUAUGUGUAUGGAAUAGGGGGAGGAACAGGCUGUCCCACACACAAAGACAGGUCCUGUUAUAUCUGUCACAGACAAAUGCUGUUCUGUAGAGUGACCCUUGGAAAAUCCUUUCUUCAGUUCAGCACAAUGAAAAUGGCUCAUGCCCCUCCAGGGCACCAUUCUGUUAUCGGCAGACCAAGCGUGAAUGGACUUGCAUAUGCUGAAUAUGUUAUCUAUAGGGGAGAACAGGCAUAUCCAGAAUAUCUCAUUACAUACCAGAUUGUGAAACCAGAAGCUCCCUCACAGACAGCAACAGCAGCAGAGCAAAAGACCUAGUAGCUUCAGAGCAGUGAAGAAGGAUGUGGCUUCAAUCUUGGACUGGAUGGAUACAUGUUUCAGAAAAUCAGUAUCAUAAAGUUCUUAACAACCUGGAAAUAA